GUACGGACUGAAUGUCUCCAAGAUUCUGACCGCAGUAAUGUCCUCCCUGCAUUGAUCACAAAUCACCUGCUUGCAAGGCACUGAUCAGGGUGAUGACGAUCGCGCAGCGUGGGCGUACCCAUCACGGAAAUGGCCAAAGACUACUAAGCACCUAUUCCUACAGUGCUCAACAGCCAUUGCCACCUGGAGGUGGUGGGAUGCAUUCUGGACUCGUCUUACAGCUACAGACUGGCCCCGGGAUUAGCGCUUCCUGCUCUCAGGAUACGGCGUUUCCCUCCAGUGAUGCGGACGGCAAGAAGGAAAAAGAGAGAGGAAUAGUUCAAAAAAAUCGAGAGAGAUUGUGUGGCCAUACCCAGCCGCAGGGUUCUGCUGCUGGACACCCUGGAGAUGAAGUCUUCUCCGAUGUUCCUGAUGAGGUUGACUCGGAGUCUGUGCAAACGUCUACCCGAAGUGUAAGGAAGAAGAGAGGGAAAGGUAACGCCCAUGGGGAGCUGUCGGAAGAGAUUGAAUCUGAGCCGUUCCAGAGCACGGCAGAUGUACAGUCAUCACACUCAUCAGCUGUGAUUGAGGACGUAGUGCCAUCGGCAGCAGAAAAUGUUGAGAUUAUCGAGAGUGAUGUAAUGGCUGCUUCAUUGCAUGAAUCUGUGGCAUCAUACGCCGGUAGCGAGAUCGAUCGCGAUGUGGGCUCCGUAGCUGCAUCCGUACCGGCAAUUGACUCUGACAUGGCAGCCGACAGCAGCGAUCAGGACAGGCAAAAACGUCGACCAGCAACAUCCACUGAGGAAUUGCAGAGAGAGGAUGGAGGUUAUGAUAGACAGCCAGAGGAGAUCCAGUCCGAGACUGAUGUGAGUAAUAAGGGUGCACCAGGGAGGACAUCCAGGAGUGAGGAUGAGGUGCCAGAAUGGUUAAGUUCCACAGAAUCCCAUGCUGAUGAUCUUGUCAAUAGAAAGAAUGAGACGAGACAUCACAUUGUGCACAACCAGAUGCUACUUAUUCCUGCCAGGGGGAAAGUGGUGGUCCCCUCUGAGAAGGUCGGCGAGCACUCGCCCACGAUGCAUGUCGCCAGGCAUGACUCAGAUCUUGAACGAGCAGACACGGUUGAUGAAUCGCUAGCCACUUCUUCCAAUAAGAGUGGCCAGCUGCUACUUCUGCCCGGCAUGGGGGAAGGGGUCCAGCCUGAGUCUGCGAAAGUUGUCGAGCGCUCGCCGAUGGCGCAAGUCCCCGGGCAUGACUCAGAUCUCGAACAGGUAGACAUGAUUGAUGAAUCGCUAACCACAUCCUCCAAUAGGAGUGGUCAGACACUUCCACCUGCCAAGGGGAAAGCGGUCCAGUCUCAGCUUGAGUCAGAUCUUGAGCAAGUCGACAUGAUUGACGAAUCAGUAGCCACAUCUUCCAGUAAGAGCGGCAUGCUCACCUCGAGGACCCUGCAUGGUUCAGCUGUGCAUACAAGUCCAUCAGAGCAAAUAGACUCAGAGAUGGAAGGAGGAGAGGGUUUGCAACAACAUUUAUUGACCAAAGAUACACGCGAUUCUGAUGUUCCCUUUUCUGAAUCGGUGGCCACAUCAUCAGGUGAAAGAGGGACACUAGCUGUGAGGGCAACUUAUCCAGCUUUGCAUGAAAUCAUGCUAGAUCGCAGGGUUCAAGACGGGAUCGGACUAGGCGCACGAGUGCCUCCAGGAGAUGAUAUUGAUGAGCAAUCGGAGCAUGAAUCAGGCCUUCAUCCUGCCGAUACAGUUGACGAAUCUGUAGGGACGUCAGCAGAUGAAACUAGAACAACGGUGGCACAGUCAAUCCCUCGGGCGUUGCGUGUAGAACCUUCCUUUGUGGUGGCAAACACCGAAAUCGAAGGAGAGGAUCUCGAGGAAGUCAUCACCGAGCAAUCUGAGCUUGACUCAGAUCUUCCCGAAACCGACUUGAUUGAUGAAUCUAUGGCAACAUCGGCAGAUAGCACGAUGAUGUCAACCUCUUUGUAUCCGUCUGCUGCGAUCAUCGAUUCCGAUCCAGACAUGGAGCAGUACAAGGAUGCCUUAGCAUUGCAGGGAAAAAGGGAGGAAGUCCUGAGAGAGCAUAAGGUCUUCCUGAAGAUGAACCCUGGUAAAAGGCACAAUCAUACAUCGGCGACAUUGGUGGAUGGGGGACGGGUGCAGCCUGCGCAGAGCAAGGGGAUUCAUCGUGAUGUCCACUUGCACCUGCAUUCUGAUGAGAAAGAUAGUGCUUACGAGGAAGAGGAAAGCAAGGAACGACCUCCGCAAGUAGCUUCUGCUGCAGAACUCCAGGAUUUGAAAGCCUCCGAGGCAAAUGAAAAUCGCCAAACAGAGAUCGAAGAGGCGGCAUAUGACAACAUAACAGGAGUUUCAAGUCCAGGCUCGUACGAUCUUGCUAGCAGAGCAGUCUCUCUGCGUCAUUCGUAUCCAGUUGGUGAUGAAAAGUCUCUGGGAGGUGGAGGUGGGCAGAUAGCUGGUGGCAUAGAAAGGGUGUUGUCGUCUGUGUCUUCUGGGCUGGUGGACAUUUCUAGUGAUGAGGUAGAGUCAGGAAGCUCUCUGGAACAGAGUGGCAAAGGCUAUGGAGUGGUCACCAAGAUCGUGUCCAUGGCGGCCAAGCCCUAUAAUAUGGAUGGAGAUGAGGCUAUUAAGCAAAGACUUCAAAGUAUUAGGAUGGACACGAUGUCAACGAUAUCAUCCAGAACGACGAAGCAGAUGUCGCACAGUGUGGUUGAAGCUCUGAAAGCAAAGCAGGUUGAGCAGGGAAGAAAAGGAGACAAGAACGAGCAAUACAAUGACAAGGAAGAGAAGGUGGAGGAAAAAGAAGAGGAUGUGGAGGAGGAGGUGGAGGAAGAGGUUGAGGAGGAGGUUGAUGAACCUGAGGUUGCCACCUUUUUAGACGGCACUAAUUUGGGGUACGAGAAGUCCGGCGAUGUCUCCAAGGGUCUUGGAACCGCGGGUCUUGCUACCGCGGCAAGCAGGGCUGUUGCAAUGAAUGAAAAACCACGUUACCCGAGUGAAGCCGCGGCGGGGGAGCCAACAACUUCAUCUCCAACAUCACAUCAGUUACUAAACACUGAGCUUGGGGGUUUGAGAUUGCAACAGAGGGGAAGAGAGAAGCAGCAGGAGGAAGAUGAAGGGGUAGAGGAAGUGGAGGAGGAUGUAGAGGGGUUGGAGGAGGCUGCGAUGAUUCCUGGAAGCUUGAGUGAAACAGGAAGGAAGGUUCAGGACAGAAAUUAUCAGGGCAUCCAAGUCAAAGCAACACCUCUGUCAGUAGGAUCAGUAGAUGUGAUUGAUGGCUAUCAAUCGAGUGAGAAGAAAGGAAGAGAUAGUGAGUCUGACGUACAGCAGGGUUUCAAAGAGACCCUUCUCCCGAAUGCAGAUGGUCAUGAAAUGGGGAGUGACUCUCAACUUGGAGCACUGGCAGAGGGGCAGUUGCAAAAUUUGUGUCACCAAACACAGGGCCAGAUAAGCAGAAUGAAUGGCAGUGAAACCAUAGCAAAAACACGUGACAAAGACUCAACUCAAACGCAUGGAGGUGGUGUACUUCAAGCAGUCAGGGAUAUCGGUGAAGUCAGGACGCAGGAUGACUUCAUGUACUCGUCAGUGUCCGGGAAAGAUGGGAAUCUGUGGCAAUGGAAGCUAGACAAGGAUCGGAAGAUGAGGCUUGAAGCUGCACUUUACUUAGCUGAAUGCCUUCUUUCCAACACGCUGCAACAAGAGAUAACAUCAAUUCUGGAGCCUCGUGGAAAAUCUGUCCGGGCCACGUCGUCAAUGACCAGCGAACCGACUUCCAAAGGAGAAAUAGAAGCUGGAAAGAACACUUCUGCUGCAAUCGUGGGGGAGAUUAAUCGGACCACGGAAGCAAUGAACCUGACAUCCCCUGGUGGACAAACAAGCCCGAAGGGAGUGAAGCCAGUUAAGAAGCUCUCCAUAAUAACCACAAAAACGGACGACCGUUUCCCAUCGUCUGCCGAGCUGAAGAACUCAUCGCCAGGGAAGUGUCCGACACUGUCUCCGUCAAAAGUGCUAUUGGACUUUGCUGCAGUCAAGGCGCUGGCUCUGUCUCCCAGCUCCCCAUGCUCGCCGGCAUCGUCAAGGGGUCUGCCGUUCUCAGUGAGGAGUCCCCGAAGCGUCAGUGAAGCUUCCUCGAAGAUACCAUCGCCAGUGGGACCUCCGUCGCCAGCAGAACCUCGUUCACCUGUGGACACGCCACGGUCUCCCAGCGGGUCGCCAUUGGACGUCCCACAUAUGCCUUACGACCUGACCUCUUUGCACAAACACGUUAACGACCAAAUGCAGGCAAUGACGUUCAUCGCUAGUCCUGACCAGAUCAAGGACGACUCCUCGAUUCUGAGUAGUGAUCUCAACGAUGACUGGGAGUCCCCCAUAUGCGUGGACAGUAGCGACACCUACAAGAAAUCGUACAUUGAGCAAAUGCUGAUGUCGUUUCGGCUGUUCCAUGCGCCGAGCGCGCACGAUCCAAACUCGAAUUACGAUCUGCUUUUUACCAGUCAUCUGACAGACUUCCUUAGAUUGGAAAGUUUGAGGCCAGGCGUAAACAACUUUCAGCAUGUUUUCGACAAGUUGCUCAUCGAUGCAGCUGCAGAGGAACUUACACGACAGGUGAAGCUCGCAAAAGAAUCUGCCUCAAAGCAUCGAGGAUUGCAACAACAACAACAACAAGGAAAGCCGGCACCGUCAUUCGAUGAGCUGGUAACAUCAGUUGUUGACGAAGUUCUCGCCCGGUCUAACCUCUGCCGGCAAGACGUGUCAUUACAGGAAUCCAUAUCCAUUCUCACCAGUCAGAUCGGAAAGGAGAAGUGGACGGACUUCUCUCACGAACGGGAUGACGUAGCAGGAGAACUCUCUGAGAUAUUACUGUCAGAGAUCCUAGAAGAAUCAGUUCGGGCCCUUGCACGUGGGACGAAGGCUUCAAGAGCCGCAUCUAGUAUACAACAUCUUCCAUUGCAGGUGGGGAAGUGAAGACUCUGAGGGUUUUUAAGUUCCAUCUGGCAGUGAAGCCUUUGUGCCUUGCAAC